CCUCUGUCAUCAUAUUCACCGACUGGGAGUACAGCCGAUACGUGGAUCCGGCGCUCAGUCUGAUUAUGGUGUGCAUUAUAAUGAGCAGCACGUGGUCGCUGUUGGUCGAGUCGGCCAUGAUCUUGCUUCAAACCGUGCCCACACAUAUACAGGUCGACUCCCUCCAAAAGAAACUGCUUAACGAGAUCGACGGUGUGUUGGCUGUGCACGAGUUCCACGUGUGGCAAUUGGCCGGCGAUCGUAUCAUAGCGUCGGCGCACAUCCGGUGCCGGAAUCUCAUUGAUUACAUGCAAAUCGCCGAAAAGGUUAAGGAGUUCUUCCACAACGAGGGCAUCCACUCGACCACAAUUCAGCCCGAGUUUGUCGAGUUGGCCGCCGAUCACGACCCGGACCUCGACGACAGCGGUGUCCACCGGUCGGGCCAAUCGGACGGCCCGUACGGUCCGGACAGCGCCUCUACCUAUCCAUUGACCGGUGCCGUGGACUCGAACUCGUGCUACUUGGCCUGUCCGCCCGACCAGCGGACCAACUGUGCGCCCCAGACGUGUUGUGGCCCCCAAGAGCGCCGCUCGUCGCCACCGCCGGCCCCGUCGGCCGUAACCUGUGAUGAAAGUGUAAUUAAAUAAGUGCUAAGUUAUGGCAUAGGCUUUGCAAAACCGGGCGCGAGUCUAGUGUUGAUUUUUAAAUUAAUUUUUUUAAUUGUAUAUUUUUAAUGGCUUUUAACAAACAUAUAAAAAACUGGUUAACCUUAAGCGUUAAUAUCAAAUAUUUAUUGGUAUUAAAAAAGUGUCUAGAUUUUAUUACGAUG